AUGUGUUUCGGCAGCAGGAAAAAGAGCGAAGAGGGCAAUGCGCGAUCACGGGAGCUUGAUAAGAUCAUCCGUCAAGAUGAGAAGAGAAUGUCGCGAGAGGUCAAGCUGCUCCUUCUAGCUAGCGGGACACCGCAUCUAACUCGGAACUUUUGCCUAGGUGCCGGAGAGUCGGGCAAGUCAACGGUGCUCAAGCAGAUGAAAUUGAUUUACGCGCAAGGCUUCAGUAAAACGGAAAAGCUGGAAUGGAAGCCGGUCGUGUUUAACAACGUCGUUCAAUCCAUGCGUGUUAUCUUCGAUGCCAUGGCCGAUUAUUCCAUCGAAUUCGAAAAUAAGGACAACGAGAAAAACCAAGCCCUACUUCUCGUUGACACGGAAAUAUCACCACACGAUUCUCUUCCUCCGGAUUAUCUCGCACCUGUGAAAGCGCUCUGGGCCGAUGGUGGCGUCCAAAAAGCUAUUCUCAAGGGCAACGAAUACGCCCUUCAUGAUAACCUAGCAUACUUUUGCGAAGAUGCCGACCGUAUAUGGGCGAGCGAUUACGUCCCCACCGACCAAGAUCUUCUCCGAUCCCGGUUAAGAACGACUGGUAUCACCGAGACCAUCUUCGACCUAGGCCAAUUGACGUAUCGAAUGUUCGAUGUGGGUGGCCAGAGAUCCGAGCGGAAGAAGUGGAUUCAUUGCUUUGAAAAUGUCCAUUGCUUGUUGUUCCUCGUCGCAAUUAGCGGUUACGAUCAGUGUCUAGUGGAGGACAAAGAUGGCAAUCAAAUGAACGAAGCUCUCAUGCUCUGGGAAUCCAUCGCGAACUCUCAUUGGUUCACCAAAUCCGCCCUCAUUCUCUUCCUCAACAAGAUGGAUCUCUUUAAAGAGAAGAUCGCCACGAGUCCUAUAACGUCGCACGGUUUCGUCGACUAUCAAGGGCCGCCGGACGAUUACAAGCAAGCGAGCAAGUACUUCAUGGACAAGUUUAGGGCCUUGAACCGAAAUCCCGAGAAAGAGAUCUACGGACAUUUCACGAACGCUACGGAUACGAACUUGCUCAAAAUUACGAUGGGCUCGGUGCAGGACAUGAUCAUUCAGCGCAAUUUGAAGCAGCUGAUACUGUGA